CUCCCUCUCUCUGCCUCUGCAAUCUCCAACUCCGGCUGCAAAAAGAUUUUUUGUUUUUGCUUUGAUCAAUUGCUGGCAUCAAGGGCAAAAUGGAUGUUCCGCUACUGUAAUUUCUAGCCCAAAUGCUCCAUUCUAUGAAGCUCCUCCUCAGAUAUGGAAAACAAUCACAGAAUAUUCUCUGUUCCCUCACAACCCUAACCUCUGCAAAUUCCCUUCAAAUUGCUUCUGUUUCCACAACUGCUGUCUCAAAAGAUGACUAUUUUGCAGCUAUCCACCACAUUUCCAACAUCAUUCGUCGUGAAGUGCAUCCAGAGCGCACUCUCAACCGCAUGAACAUUUCAGUAAAUUCUGAACUUGUCUUCCGUGUACUUCGUUCCUGCUCCAACUCGCCUACAGAAUCUCUUCGCUUCUUCUCCUGGGCCCAUUCCCACUACGUCCCCACGUCUGUUGAAUUUGAGGAGCUAGUCAAGAUCCUCAUUCGCCAUAGAAAGUAUGAAUCCAUGUGGAAAACCAUUCAACAAAUGCAAAAGCAGAACCUUAGCCUUUCUUGUGAUACUCUUUCUUUUGUUAUUGAAGAGUACGGGAAGAACAGCCUCGUGGAUCAGGCUGUGGAGGUUUUCAACAAAAGCACUAGUUUAGGUUGCAAACAAACUGUUAGUGUGUACAAUUCAUUGCUCUUUGCACUUUGUGAGGUGAAGAUGUUCCAUGGGGCAUAUGCUCUAAUCAGGAGGAUGAUCAGGAAAGGUGAGGUACCGGAUAAGAGGACAUAUGCAAUUCUGGUGAACGGAUGGUGUUCUGGUGGGAAGAUGAGGGAGGCACAAGAGUUCUUGGAGGAGAUGAGUAAGAUGGGGUUUAAUCCUCCCGUUCGAGGUCGAGAUUUGUUAGUUGAAGGUUUGUUGAAUGCAGGGUAUCUUGAAUCAGCCAAGGAAAUGGUAAGGAGAAUGACUAAGGAAGGUUUUGUGCCUGACGUUGGAACAUUUAAUUCUUUGGUGGAAACAAUUUGUAACUCUGGGGAGGUUGAUUUUUGUAUUAAUAUGUAUCAUAGUGUCUGUAAAUUGGGGCUUUGUCCAGAUAUAAAUACUUACAAAAUUUUGAUACCUGCAGCUUCAAAGGUGGGUAGGAUUGAUGAGGCCUUUAGACUUUUGAAUAAUUCAAUUGAGGAUGGCUAUAGGCCAUUUCCUAGUCUGUAUGCACCAAUAAUCAAAGCAAUGUGUAGGAAAGGGCAGUUUGAUGAUGCAUUUAGCUUUUUUGGUGAGAUGAAGGUCAAGGGUCAUUCUCCAAAUAGGCCAGUCUAUACAAUGUUGAUAACAAUGUGUGGCCGCGGAGGCAGGUUUGUGGAGGCAGCAAAUUAUUUGGUGGAGAUGACUGAGUUGGGACUGGCACCAAUUUCAAGAUGCUUUGAUAUGGUUACUGAUGGUUUAAAGAAUUGUGGGAAGCAUGAUUUGGCUAAGCGGAUAGAGCAGUUGGAGGUUUCCCUUCGAGGUGUUUGAGGCUGGCAUUGAAAAUGAAGAUUAUACCAUAUUAUGUUGUCACAAUGCUCGAACAGGUCAAUGUUGCUGCUAACCUCUGAAAGAUUUCACCAAAGGAAUAGUGACGAAUUUGAUGAGCAAAUCGGAAUUAUGCAUCCCUUUGCAGAGAGGAGUAAAGUUUUGAAGCAACUUUGUUCUGUGCAUUGUAGCAGAGCUUACAUCCCAUUGACAUUCGGAAGUAAUAUCUUCUCUUUCUUCUCUUCCUCCCCUUUUUAGCUUUCUCUUUUUCCCUUAGAACCCUGCCUACUCAGAGGCAAGAAGAUGGGCAACAAGAGUGAUAAUAUCUCUUAUAAACAUGGGAUAUAUUUCAAGAAUCAAAACAAGAAGAAAAGGAGUUUCAUAUCACUAAUAACCAGUUCAACUAUCCAAUCUGAGAUGUUCGCUAUAAAUCCUAUGGAUUGGUCUCAGACAGAUCAAAUGGGGCAACAGAGAUAGGUCUUAACGACUCAUAAAUUUGGAUAGAUACGCCUUUUGCCCCGCCUAAGCUGGGUAUUUAUCUCAAUUCAUCAAUGCCUAAUUUCCAUUGCUUCAGGUUCUGGUUUUCUUGUCAAAAUGAAAUGGGAUACUGCUGAAGAAAUCUACUUUAUGGCUCGGAUUCGAAUCAAAUACCUAUAGUAAUCAAAUAUAAAAAACUGAACUCACUUCAAUUUGGUCUGUUUUCCCAAAAUGAUAUUACUCCUCAUACUCACCCAUACGAGGUCUCGCUUGUCACUCUUUGAAACGGAUAAGGUGGGAAAAGGAUAUUGGCUGCGGUAAUGGAUAGAUAUUGACUGCUGGGGCACCUUGGGUGCUAGCAAGAAUGGCCAUUCUAGCUGAUCACAUGCCUUUCUCCAUGACCAGCAUAAGAGCCAUCAUUGCAUGGAUGAUUUCUUUAACCACAAUUUUAUUGCUUUGGAUUACUCCGCCUGAGACAAAUGUUGAUUGCCGCCCAGAUAGAGCUCCAAGGGUUCGCAGGAAUCUAUGAAAUCACUUUACCUAUGGAGGAAGCACUAAGUUACUGUCGAUUCAAUUUUCUGGGACUGGAUUGAUGCUGUCCACCAGCCUUAGGUUGGUUCGUUCUUGGUUCAGGACAAUACCUAUCCGAUUUGUUUUCCACUAUUUUUGAUCAGGCGACUAAUCAAUUUAGAUUUGGCCCCUAAACUGUUUUCUUGACGUAUCCAGAAACAAUAUGGGCCUGCAAUUUUUGAGAUUUAGACUUCUAGUGGACAACCGCUUCACGUUUUAUUGGAAGACAACUGGAUCCACCCAAAGUUUGAUUCAAUUCAAGAGAGAGAGAGGGCGACACCUUCAUUGUUAUAUUGGGUCGGCGCAGUGACACGUCAAAGCCUAUCCCAUCCAAAAAGCUUGGUCAAUGUCUUUAUGAAUUUUAUCCUGUUGCCAUCACAUGGAACACAGCCUUCAUUCAUUGAAUUGAACCCACG